GGCCUGUAAAUGGAGCGGUACGGGGGUAUAUAAACAAGAACUGACAAGACGCUCGUCACACCUCGACUUUACUCCUUCGGUUUUCACUCUCCUCGAGAAGCAGCUAGAGAGAAAAAUGGCCUUCGCUGGCGUUCUCGGUGAUGCUGACAUCAAGGCUGCCCUUGAUGCAUGCUCAGCUGCUGACUCCUUCUGCCACAAGGCAUUCUUCGCCAAGGUGGGUCUGAGCGGCAAGUCUGCUGAAGAUGUCAAGAAGGCCUUCUUCAUCAUUGACCAGGACAAGAGCGGCUUCAUUGAGGAGGAUGAGCUGAAACUGUUCCUGCAGAACUUCAAGGCUGGUGCCCGUGCUCUGACCGACAAGGAGACAAAAACUUUCCUUGCUGCCGGUGACAGUGACGGUGAUGGCAAGAUUGGAGUUGACGAGUUCGCUCUUAUGGUUAAGGCCUAAAUAUCAACUGACCAAUAUCUGCCUCUGUUCAAGGAACUAGUGCUACUCGCAAGCAACUUUUUUUUGUCAACAUUUGCUUAUUUUUUUACAUUUUAUUUAUGAGUUGCUCUGGGACGGUUGGAAAUCAUUGAACACCAGUGUUCUAUUGAAUGGCUGGUUGUUCUGCAGUUGUAUAGUAUGUUCUCAAAAAAGCUUUAGCAAUUGUACAAUCUACCAUGCGCUCCGGGGGAAAGAGUGGAAAACCAGGAAUAAAUCAAGUUUUGGUGUAAAUAA